AUGGAGGCUGUGUCUCCUGGGGGCACAAUUUUGAGGGGGCACAAACCAAGCACCCCCAUGCAGGUGCUGGCUUCUGCGGGGAUUCCUGUCCAGGCGUGUCCUGAUCAUUUAAGGCCCAUAGAAACGCCAUGGCUCUUCAGGGUUUGGGAUAUUAACCAGAAGUUCCUGUUCCUGAAGAACGACAUGCUGGUAGCAGCCCCCAAAGAUGGCAACUCACCCGAUUACUUGUUGGCCCUGACCCCCAGAAGAGGGAUAGAUGAAAACAAAUUCCCCAUCUUUUUGGGCACCCAAGAUGGAGCACAAACCCUCUCCUGUGGUGAAUCUGGUGGUCAACCUCAGCUGACUUUGGAGGGUAAAGCCAUUAUGGAUCUCUACAACGAUGGCAAGGAACACAAGGACUUCACUUUCUUUUGGAAAAGUGGCAGCAGCACAGAGACUGGCAGCUUUGAAUCUGCAGCAUUCCCGGGUUGGUUCCUAAGCACCUUGACUGAGCCAAACCAGCCGAUUCGUUUGAGUCAUCAAGGAGGUGCUGAGAUCACUCAGUUUUAUUUUGAUAAAGUAAAAGGUGAUUAGAACUUCUGAAAGAGGAGGGAGGUUUUAAUGCCAAUGUAUGUAUAUCCUAAUCAAGUAACAAAAUGCCUUUCAGUUCUAACAUGUUCAGAGCUUCCAGUAUUCACUCAAGCUACAA